CACAAAAUUGUCAGCAACAAUAUAAUAUCUAGUGAACAUCUAUUCGUUUAAAACUGGUCAAUUUAAUCAUAUCAGAGAUGACUUAUAUGUUCUUCAAGUCCUAUAAAUCUCUGCUUGUUUAUGCACAUUAUCUAUUUGGGCAUUAUAUUGAUUUUUGCCAUAUAAAAGCCUAACUAAAAGCUGAACUAAAAGCCUCUUGAUGUCUGUGAAGCAUCUCAGAUAUUGUGCUCUCUGCAGGCUGAUCAGAUUUCUGGGGCAGUGUAGUGGAGGUUCCAAACCCCCUGAAGAUGUAUGGCCUGUAUUUGGAAGCGGUGAAUGACUACAUUAAUGAAUCAUAUGGAGAGGACGUAUGGAGACUAAUCGAAGCCAGAGCAGAGAUCCCGCACCUCAAAUUUGUUCGACACCAGAUGUACAACGAUAAUCUGAUCCUAAGAUUGGCAAAGGCAGCUGGAGAGGUUUUGGGAAAAACUCACGAUGAGCUGAUGUACGCUUUUGGGGUCUACAUGGUCAAGCGGAUAGGAAACUAUGGCUAUGAGAGGAUCUUAAAGGUACUGGGGCGCAAUGUACGAGAUUUCAUCAAUGAGCUCGAUAACCUGCACGAGUACUUCCGUUUCUCCUUCCCAAAAGUCCAGCCGCCCAGUUUCUGUGUAGAAGAAGAAUGUGAGACAAGUCUUACCCUGCAUUACCGUUCAACGAGGAAAGGAUUCACACAGUUCGUCAAAGGGCAGCUCUCUCAGGUGGGCCGACAGUUUUACAACACAGACAUUGAGGUGGAGAUUCUGUCCAAAGAGGAAACAGAGAAAAUGACAUAUGUGGUGUACAAGAUGAAUUUUGACAACGCUGCGUUUAAGCACCGUAUGCCCCAGCAGAAAACAGCUCCAGGCUAUGAGAAACUGCCCAUGAAGCGAGGAAUUUUUUUCGACAUGUUCCCCUUUAGCGUGAUAUUCCGCAGGGACAUGACCAUGUAUCGGAUCGGAGACGGUUUGAAAGAGGUGUUUUCUGAUCUGCAGGGCAAAAAGGUCAAUGAAGAGUUUACCCUGGUGCGACCCAUGCUGGAAUUCAGCUGGGAUAAUAUCUACACCCACCUCAACAAUGUGUUUGAACUGCUGUCUAAGGCUGUGGUGGAGAGCAAACAGAAGGUCAACAUCCCUAAACUUAACAAAGAAGAACCAGAGGAGAAAGAGGAGAAUGAAAAACCCAAAAAAGAAGAGAGAGAUAUUAAAGUGAUGGAGGAAAUGAAGGGGACAGAUCAGGAAUACAGCGGCACUCUGACGCAGUACAACAGCUCGGCUAAUUCUGGAGGAGAGGACAUCGAGCUGCUGGCUUUUCAGACUGUCACCGGUAAGUGCAGUGAAACCAUAUUUGAAGACAUGCGGGAGCCCCCUAAAAAGCCUCUUCACCUCAAGGGCCAGAUGAAGUACGUCCCUCAGUGGGACUCCCUCAUCUUUCUAGGAACUCCCAUUAUUGAGACAGUGGAGGACAUGAUAAAAAUGGGUGUUUAUGUCAAUGAUUUAAACCUGCACGACUCGAGCAGAGAGCUCAUCCUGGCCGGAACACAGCAAUCAGCCGAGCUGCAACUGGCACUUGACCAGGAGCAGCAGAAGUAUGCACAGCUGCAGGAGAUCAUUAAAAAGCUGGAUGAGGAGAAGAAGAGAGGAGACUCCCUGCUGUACGCCAUGAUACCCAAAGCAGUGGCGGACAGACUGCGCAAGGGAAUCACAGCCCUGGAGACAUGUCAGGUGUUCCCAGACGUGACUAUCCUGUUCAGCGAUGUGGUGAAGUUUAAUGAGAUCUGUAUCCACAUCACCCCCAUGCAGGUGGUGGACAUGCUAAACGAGAUCUACAUCGUUUUUGACACACUCAGCGAAAAGCACAAUGUUUAUAAGGUGGAGACCAUUAGGGAUGCCUACAUGGUGGUGGCAGGUGUGCCCAAUAAAACCACAUUUCAUGCCCACCACAUCUGUGACAUGGCUCUAGAUAUGUUAAGCUCCAUUGAUCACCUAAAAGACCCCUCCACCGGGGACAACAUCCAGAUCCGUGUCGGCAUUCACUCUGGAAUGGUGGUGGCAGGGGUGGUGGGUCUGAAAAUGCCCAGGUAUUGUCUGUUUGGGGACACGGUGAACACGGCUUCUCGAAUGGAGUCAAAUGGCGUGGGCAUGCAAAUCCACAUCAGUCAGACCACCAAAGACCAUCUGGAGCAUGAGCCAUACAUCAUUGAGGAACGUGGAAAGAUUUUUGUUAAGGGAAAAGGUUAUAUGAAGACAUACUGGCUGAAGGGAAAGAAAGAUCUGUCAUUUAAGACUCCAGCAGAGCUCAGAUACAGCAAUGAGCAGAAGGACUCAGAGGACAGAAGCUCAAAUGGGUCCACUUGCACCAACAGCAAACAUUCCCCAUCAAACCUGAACACCCCCAAUGAGGAGCAGGCUGAGGGCAAGCCCACUCCCACUGACCUGCCCUCUGAUGCCCUACCAGCACUAGAGGGCGCUCCAGACACAAACACAUUCACAAAUGAGUCCCAGCAGGACAAAGAAAAGGUUAAAAAGACAAAGAAUAACAAAGGAGGGAAGGCAGAAAAUGCUUCGGGUAAUGCUCAGGAAAGCACUCCACCUGCUGGUGGUCAGGAGAAUGCAGCUCCAGAGCUUAACAACAAAAAACACAGUUUCAGAAGCCAGUACUCACGAUUACCAGCGAACCUCCCCAUGCGAAGCACAGCCUGCAGUCUGCUGUAAAUAUCCAGGAGAAAUUUACAAAAUAGUACCUAUUAUAUAAGUAAAUACUUCCAGCAUGAAUUUCACAGACAUAUCAGAUCAAGUAAUGGUCAGAUAACUGCAUCUGAGGCAGCAAAUUCUGCCAUACACCAGGUAACUAAAUUCCAUGAUGUAUUUAGUCACAAUUUGACAGUAAGUAAAAUGGAAAAUAAGAGAGGACAUCCAAAGUGCAGUCCGGCUGCUACUUCCUCUUUAAAAAGUUUGAAUAACUAUAUUUGAAUGUUCUAUUUAAAUUAACAGAUGUGAUAUAUUAAAAUCAAUCUAUUGAGUAUAAGAACAUUUGCAUGUACAGUUACAACAUUUAUGUUAAACUUUAGAGAGGUUCUAUGAUACAGUACAUGUGCUGAAUCCCUGUAUUCAUUCACUUACUGUAACAACAGUAAAUGUCUUAAAUGUUAAAUGUGAUUGUUUACAGAUUAUGUUUGAAUUUAUUGUUUGAUGAGCACUGUAAUAUUGCCGCGAAACACGUACUUUGCUUAAGUAAGAACAAACAUAUCAGAUAAUCUCAAGUGACCUAAAUAAAGCAUGUGAACACACGCACACCCAAAGACAUACACCUACGUUCAGAUAUCAGGCCUACACAUAUGUAAACACAAAGAGAUACAAGAUAAACCAGGAAACAAACACUAGCACUAAGAACGUGACCUAUUUCUGUCUCCUAUGCCACAAGUUCAUUAUUACUGUAAAGUAUGUCUGCUUGGAGUCAAAAAAGGAAGGACACAAAUGACAUAAGGAAAUGUAACAGAAAUCUGAAAAUCUGUUGAUCCUGAUCAAAAGCGUUCUUUACCAGAUUAAGCCAGUCAUGACAUUUAAGUAUGUUAAAUUCAUCAAACUGUAGCUAACUGGAUAUCCAUUGCAUCUCUGAAACAUUACACAUUUGCACACACACAACAUGUCAGAUAUCAUUCAGUGAUAAAGAGGAAGCCAUCAGGAAACCACUUAAGCGACACUUCCUGACUGUUGCCUUGGAGACGUGCUUAAUUCUUACUUUGCCUGAACACUCUUAGCUUUGCAGAAAAACAGAGAUUUCAUGUUUUCAGUCUCAAUCUCACAACUGGAAGAGAAAUCUAUUGUAACUUGAGAAUUCAGCUGAUAGACCUAACUACAGAUUGUAAACAACACUUUUAUUUUAAGAGUCGAGCCAGAUGCAUCGAUUCCUUUUGUAGUCCAUUAUAUGCAUUAGGGCUUAAGUCCAGAUGGUUUCCAUUCAGAUAGCAGGCAGAUAAGCAGCCUUUUUUAGUAUGGACAUUACCAAUGCACAGACAUUAGCCCUGAGGGUGUCUUUCUAUUACACAGGACCAAUUCGUUGUACAGCAAUUUCUAAUGUUGGUGACUACACAAUGAAGUUUGCACAAGAAAUGGGCAAAUAAAGUAAUGUUAUCACCAUCA